UUAACUUGUGAUUCCAAGAAAUUCAUGAAGGGAAGCGUGACAUAAAAUAAUUUAAGUGAAAAUUUACAAAUUCUAGUGUUUAAGAAAAACGCAAGUUUUUUUUAGAAACUUGUGCCUAAAAGAUUUAAGUGAUAUGUCUGACGAUUAUAAAUAUGCUUGUCAGAGGGCAGAAUUGCUUGGUUUAUCAGCCCCUACUGAGGAUGAAUGGGCCAAGAGUGAAGCUGCUCGAAAGAAAGAAAUAGAGGAACAAGAAGCCCAAGAUGAUGCUAAAGCCCAAGAUUUGGAACAAACGGGUGAAAAUAUGAAACGUGUCGGUGGUGGAUUGGACGAAUUAAAUAGUAUAUUAACUGCCACGCAGAAAAAACUCAACAGGUUUAAGACAGUUUGUGGAAGUUUGGGCACUUUGUUAAAAGUUCGUGCAAAAUCACAUCCAGGCACACCUGAGCACAAAGCCCGCAAGUCUAAAGAGUUGAAUAGUCCAGAAGAAAAGGAAGCUGAAGAUAAAAAAAAAGAAAUUAAAACGAUGGAGCUGAGUGAAAAUCCAGAGGAUGCUGAGAAUCCAGAGGAUUGUGUCAAGCCUGGUACUUUUCUACAGAGAAAAAUUGAGAUCAAUCAGAAAUUAGGAUCGCACAUCGACAAAUUGGAUUCUUUGAUUAACAAAGCAGAAAAUGCCCAAUACAGUAUGCAACAUCAGUCCAAGCAAAUGAAGAAACUUCUGAAGUAAAUUGUAUUCGAAAUGUGGUGGAUACAAUUUUUGCGAACUACCGUAUAUUAAUUUCUAAUUGAUUCAAAGCUCAGAAGAAAGUUUGAUUUAAAAUGAUAAUAAUCUACCCAAUAUUACAUCCAAUUCAAAAAUGUUUAUGCCACAAGAUUGGUUAGCAGAUAUUGUGUACAAUUUACAAGAAAGUUUUUCCUGAAUAAUGAUUAAAGUUUGAAAAUAAUCACAGUUAAACAGUAUGAUCGCAGGAGUAAAUUAUUUCUGAUAUCGUUACGUUUAUAGCAAUUUGCGCAAAUUGUUAGAAUCGUUUAGAGCAAAUUUGUAUAGUUAACAAUUACAAAAAAUGUAGAUUGUUUUCUGAAAAUUUUCUUUGCAUCCUAAACGUACACGUAUUUUCAUAUUUUAAGAUUCGAGAAAAAAUUUAACCUCGCUAUCCAAAUAAUGAGAUUUGAGCUAUAUUGUAUUUUAUUACUUAAAGUAUUAAGUACUGCAGAGACAAUUUACAUGAUUCCGAGAACAAUAAUUAUUGAAUGAGUGAUAUUUUUUAAUAUU